GAGAAGGUGGAUGAUUUGUUGAUGAUGGCAAAGAGAACAAGGUCACACAUCACUGUAAACUAUCUGCAGUUUGACGUACCCAACCAUUUUGCUACCACUUAAAGCAAGAACAGAAGCCUUUUUAACUGCAGGUUACAGCCACUAGAGGUCUUUCUUACUUUCAUAUAGUAGCUUCUAUUCAGAUGGUGCUGCUUUUUUAUGUAUUCCUACGUGAGCAGACCCAGUACACUUCUGGCGUAUUAACACUGAAAUUUACAACAUGAAUAAUAACUUCUUCCUGUUAUUGGAGUAACCUUUGUGCUACUCUGAGCUCUGGCUAUCUGUGGGAGUUUAAAAGGAGAUAUUUCCAGCAGGUAAACCCAGCUCUUCCAGAAACCCACGUAUAUACUAUUCCACAAAGGCUGGUCUUCAGAGACCAAAGAUAUUUUUUGGAUCUCAUCUUAGUCAUUCAAGACGUAAGACAUCCUUAAAGUCACACUUGUGUGAACAAAAUCAAGGAAGAUAUUUCAACUAUUUUCUUGCCAUUAAUCCUGUUGGAUGCUUUACUUUCAUUUGGAUAUAACUCAGUGGCUUCUGUUCUGCUGUUUAAAAUCAGCUUCUACAGUAAACGUAAGAAGAUGGGAAAAGGAAAAAAAGAACCCCUAAAGCAAAAAUUUCAAUUUGCUGUAAAAGGAUAUGUUAUUCCAGCAAAACUAUGCAUUAUGGAGGAAAGAGCCCCAAAUUGUUAUUAUGCUUGUUAUUUAUACUCUAUGCAGAUACAAAAUAUCUGGGAUCAGAUAUUUAAAUUGUAAGUUUACUACUGAAGCUAUAAAAGAAGAUUUUAUUAAGAGUAAAAUAGUAAUAAAAAUCCCAAGCCUAUAGAGAGAGAGAGAGAGAGAGAGAGAGUUAGGGUUAGGUUUUCACCCAGACAUAUCAGAAUCUAUUAUAUUGGGGUGGGCAUCAAGCCAGAUGUUUUUUGAAUGACCAAAUGAAAUGGGUCGCAAAGAAACACAUUAUUUGCAUACAUUAAAUUGCGACACAAUGGCUCAGCAAGGCAUCAAAGUGCGUCCUGCUCUGCUUAAGCGGAACAGCCUAGAUUCAGUGGAUUUCAGAAGGCAGCCCCACCAUCGCAGGAGCAAAUCUCAGCAAGUCCGUUUCAAAGAUGAUGGGACAGAUAACCCACCAGUAGAAGAAUCAGAAUUGGAGGCAGGAAUUGCUCAAGACCCAUCUGCAUUGAGUAAAAUACAAACAUCCCAAUUCCACAAUCUAGUAAAUGAUUCCCUCGGUUUUCCCCCAUCUCAGAAAGGAUUACAAAAUAUUGCCAUACAGACUUCCCCUAGCCUCAGGAAGCACUUUCCCAUGUUUAAAAAGAAAAGGAUUACAACAAGCAAGUCCUUAACAGAAAUGCCAAAUGAGCCUGAAUAUUCAAUUCACGUUAAUGGCAAUGUGUCUGAACAGGAUAUCAUCUCUUCUAGCCUUUCUUAUUUAAGCCUCAAUCAACGUUUGGACGAUGGACCAAAAGCAACCAUGGCACCCAAGCCACUACUUCGAAUGGUGCCUAAAGCACAAAGCAACGGGCCUCUCCAUUUAAGUUCAGACAGAAAUGCAAUACUGAAAAAAGUAACUGUUUGUACCCAGGUUCCUGAGUAUACCAAUCUGGGUUCUGCACAAGACAGUUUUUCCAUUUAUGGCCCAGACACGCAAAUGGAUUUUAACAGCUCUGUUCACAUGACUACUGCUGUGAGACCAACCAGUGAGAACUGCUCUCUUUACACGGGCUCAGACAAAUCUCUCACGUGUGUAAGUCAAAAUUGUAAAGAUGUCAAUGUGGUUCAUAGUUCAUGUGAAGAAAAAAGCUACACUGAGCUACUUGCCCCUGAGGAUGACACCAGUUUUAAGGAAACCAGUUUGUCAUCUCCACAGUUAGAUCACAGUCCAUCAUACUGUUCUGUAAGAGAACAUCAGCCGGCAAUACAGCAGGAAACAGACUCUGGGCAUAAAACAUUGACUAAUGAUAACCAAACAACAUCAUUCACCAACACCAAUGAAUCAUCUCCUGUUCCUUCAUGUCAAACUGUAACAGAGAACAUUUCUACCAAUACCAAAGUGCCACAGUGUGACAAUUGCGUGGAAGGCUUUCACAUAAAUGCCUAUCUUCCAGUGACUGAUACAAAACCACAGAACAAACAGGUUAUCGAAACUAAUCAAAUGCACCUGGCACAUCAUGAGUUGGGUGCCCUACAAGACAGGCUCCAGUCUGUGGAGGAAUCUUUGCAGUCAAACCAGGAGAAAAUUAAAGUCCUUUUGAAUGUAAUUCAAGACAUGGAAAGGGCCAGAGCUCUCAAUGAAGGGCGGAACUCCUACCGCACUGGCCAAGAUCUCAACAAUUGCAGCACUUGUCAGAACACUGCAUGUAUCAUUUACAGUGUUGAACAUGACUUCAGACAACAAGAAGGAAGAUUCCAUCAAGUUCUGAAAACACUGGAUCAAGUUGAAGAGAUCCCUCCAGUAGCAACUUUGCAAAAGCAACCAUCUGAUCACCCAGUCCCUGAGAAACAGGAAUUAAGGAAAAAGACAAAGAAAAAGAAAUGCUUCUGGUGGAUCUGAAAACUUUAAAUACUGGUUUUGAAACACUAAUAGCUGGUCUAUAUGUUAUAGCCAAACUGCGGCCUAAAUUCAACUGCUCAUCCCAAAUAGAGUAGACAUAUUGAAGCUCCAUUCGGGAAUUGCAGCUGGAGUUCUGUUCCAUUGAGGAGUAGCAACUGGAAUUAUGCCUGUGGUUGAAUCAUCAUAAACAGACUAUACAUUUCCAUGCUUCUGUACUAGUCACAUAUGCUGAUUCCCCUUUAUACUUCCUGGUUUUUGGCAACUAGGGUUUUUACUAUUAUUACAAUCAGAAACUGAGAAAGGAGCCAGAAUUUUCAGGAUUAAAGUACAUUCAUCAUCAUGACUUGGGAAAGAGCAUAAACCAUUUGAUGCAAGGAAAUUCUGGUUGUGGUCAAAAAAUGACCUAUUUUAAAGUGCAAAAAAAAAACCCAACAAACUUGAUCUAGAAAAAAACAACUCUCUAACAAGCUGUUUCAAGAUCAACUAAAUUGGUUUUGUAAAAUUAAAUUAUUUUAAAACAUUAUGACACAACCAUUAAAAUGAUUUAAACACUGGCUUUCCUUCUCUGUCUGACACACUUAUUUAGCCAUCCUUUCACCUGAAUAUAUUUUGAGAAUAGUGAGUUUAUAAGAAAACUUGUUCUUUGUUUUGUUAGUUUCAUUUGGAAUUUUUGAAGCUGCCAGAUUCUGAGUUUUAAGCAUAUUUUAUGCCCUCAUUUCCUUCAGAAACUACUUUAGAACAACUCUAUAUUAAUUAUAUCAGUGGUUCCCAACCUUUGGUCCUCCAGCUGUUUUGGACUUCACCUCCCACAAUUCCUAACAGCUGGUAAACUGUCUGGGAUUUCUAGAUAUUGAAGUCUAAAACACCUGGAGGACCAAAGUACAUCUAAUAUUGUUCACAUUCAAGAAGUUUCCCUCCUAAAUAGUAAAAUCUGGGAGACAGCAUAAAUGUCAAAAUAGAAACAUGGAUUCAAAGUUUGAGAAACAAACACUAUUACAAACCUAGCAAGUGAUAUUUUUCCAGUUAUCACAUUUUCCAAUUAGAAUUAAAUAUUUUAUUAUGUAAGAUGAUCCCAGAAAACACUCAAUGACUGUUGGAUUCCAUUUUGGUGAUAUCAUUUUUUUGAAAAGACAUUAUCAAUAACAUUAAAUUGCUUAUUCUAAAAAGUUAUGAUUUAUUCUAAAAGGACGCCCUUGGAAUUAAAGCAAAGAGAAAAUAAACACACAAAGAUGUGUUAUUUGAUUAUAAAGAAAACAUGCUCCAUUUUAUUUAAUUCUUUGAUAUAUCACAAGGAAAUUGAAGAACAAUUCACACUAGUUUCUACUUUCAAUAUUGUGAAUUAGAUUAUGUUUUCAUAUACAAGUUGUAAAACUAUUCUAGGAAAGCAGAGAAUCCCUAUAUAUGAUGACAGUCUACCAUACAUUUGGAAUGAAUUCCAGGAGGUCUAAAGUGGAUACUGUACACUACAGAGAUUACUUUUGGUAACACUAGUUGUAUAAAAAGAAUAUAUAAUGUGCUGCCAAAAAUUGACUAAACCACAGAAAGAUACUUAAGAGAGAAUGUUUGUAAAAUACUGUAUAGCACAUAUUGCAUAUUCUGAAACUUCUGUACUUGAAAUUACUCUCCUCCUACAGAGGAGAGUGAAUUGUGAAUGAAGAAAACUGUAAGAAUAAAAUAUUCCGUCUUCUAGGAACAGGAUCUAAAUAAAAAGUUUGUGUACUUCUAUAGUACAAUAAAUACCUAUUCUUCUUACCCAUUGUCACAGUUCUAGCAGGCUUCAGUACAGAUUCCUUUCCUGAUGAAAUGUACUAAUCUAAUAUAAUGUUUUGUAUAUUUCUAGAUUCUUUUACUGGCAUAAUAUCUUUUGCAAUAAAUUGACUUAUUUUUUUCUGUCUCGGAA